CAUCGCAGCUGGCUGCUCGGUCUUGGCGCGUGACAGAUGGAGCCGAUUUGAGCACGAGAGAGUGAGAGAGAGACUGCAGCGAGCAUUUUUUGGGAAAAGGCGAAGAAAUUCAGUUUUUUAAAAAUCUGCAAUGAGAGCUGAACAGAGUGAGAAUGGAGAGAACUCAAGGAACUCGCUCAAAAUGCUGAUGGAGCAGCUGAAGGAGAUCACUGGCAUCCAGGACCAUCAGGUUCUCUACAAAGCCCUGAAGGCCAGCCAGGGGGACGUUGGACAUGCUGUGGGGCUACUGACAAGCCAGACUGUGGAGGUUCAGGACUCUGCAGAGCCGCAGGAGUCGGGGACAUCUGCAGAGGCCUGGGAUGGCCAGAGAGGACUUCCCAAAGAUGAACUGCAGACAGCCAUUGAACUCAGUCUGCAAGAAUCUCACAAGGCAGAGCAAGAAGAGCAGGAAUUCCACAGAGCUCUGGAGGCCAGUGCUGAAGAAAAUGCUGCGCGAAUGAAGAGGAAGAGAUGUGAAGCACAGAGUGAGAUGUGCAGCCCUGCAGACUGGAUCCGUCAGAACGACUGGCCCGUUGGAAUCCGCAACGUAGGAAACACCUGCUGGUUCAGUGCUGUCAUCCAGUCACUGUUCCACUUACCCGUCUUCAGGAGGCUGGUUCUCCACUACCAUCUGUCAGAACAGGUUCUGGAGAAGUGUAAGAGCCACACAGACAAGAGGAACAUAGCUUUCAUGCAGGAGCUGCGGUGCCUGUUCGCCCUCAUGGUGGGAUCGACUCGCAGGUUUGUGGAUCCCUCCGCUGCGGUGGAGUUACUGCGAGACGCCUUUAGGACAAGCGAGGCUCAGCAGGAUGUCAGUGAGUUUUCCCACAAACUGCUUGACUGGUUAGAGGAUGCAUUUCAACUGGCUGCCAAUGGAAAGAACGCAGAAGACAAGCAGCAAAACCCAAUGGUCCAGCUUUUCUACGGCACCUUUGUGACAGAGAGGCGACAUGAAGGCAAGACGCUGUAUAACAUUGAGCAGUUCGGUCAGUACCCCCUGCAAGUCAAUGGCUUCAACAACCUGGACGAAUGCCUGGAAGGUGCCAUGGUUGAGAAGGAGAUCGAGUCGCUGCACUCAGAUCACGCCGUCACGUCUGGACGAGAGAGGUGGUUCAAAAAACUACCGCCCGUCCUGACCUUUGAACUUUCUAGAUUUGAAUUCAACACUCAGCUCGGGCGUCCCGAGAAGAUACACAAAAAAUUAGAGUUUACACAAAUCAUUUACAUGGACAGAUAUCUUCACAAAAACAUAGAACAGACCAAUGAGAGGAGAGGGGAAGUAAAGAAACUCAAGGAGCAACUCGCCGUCCUUCAGCAGAAACUCGAGUGUUAUAAAAACUAUGGCUCUGGACCUAUGAAGUAUCCUCUGGCUGACAUGCUUCAGUUUGUUCUGGAGUUUGCCACAACCAAACCCACCAGUGUGUCCCCAGCUGAAGACCCAAGACUUGCCACGUCUUCACCAACUGCUACAAGCCACCCUCUCUCUGAAGCCAUCGCCAAGGACAGCAGUGAACCUGGAGAAAAAGAUUCCUCAGACGGCCUGGUUUCCAGUGUUUCCAACUGCCAGCAGAUGCCCAUUUACAAGCCUUUUACCCAGUGUAAGCACCCCUCUGACUGCCCACUACACCCAGCACCUCACAGCGCCACUGAUGAAGAGCUGCACUUCGUUAAGACCUGCCUACGGCGCUGGAGGACCGAAGUAGAGCACGACAUAAACGAGCUAAAGACCAGCAUAGACAAGCUCACUCAGACAUUCGAAGGCAUGUACUCAGACAACAGUCUCUGCCAGGUGCCCUACAGACUGCAUGCAGUGCUUGUUCAUGAGGGUCAGGCGUCAGCAGGUCAUUACUGGGCCUACAUCUACGACCAUGCUAACCAGCGCUGGAUGAAGUACAACGACGUUAGCAUCACCGAGUCUUCGUGGGAAGAGCUUGAAAGAGACUCUUUUGGGGGGAUGACCAACGCCAGUGCAUACUGCCUGAUGUACAUUGAUGACAGGCUACCCCAGCUGAUCACAGAAGACAAAGAUGAUGAGACAGGCCAGGUGCUUCAUGGCAUGGACUCCCUGCCAGCCACCCUCAGACGCUACGUUCAGGAAGAUAACCGCUGGUUCCAGCAAGAGCUCAGCGAAUGGGAGGAGCAGUUCUGCCAGACUGCCACCCCGCAGGAAGAGUCUGUGACCCCGGCGGAGCCUCCGAGCUCCAGUGUGGAGAGUCCACAGCAAAUACCAGUCGAGCCAGCACCACAGUAUGGACCUUCUGCUGAGGAGUUGGACCAAGGAGCUGUUUUAGAGCCACGAUCAGACUCAGAAAAGAGAGAGGAGAAAACUGCAGAUGCUGAUUCCAGAGAAACGACUGAAGCAGAGGAUUCAGAGUUUUUGCCCCCUUCUGCAAGUCCUGGCUGCCAAGCAGACGCCACCAACACCCCUGCAGUCAGCGACACCCUGGAACUGAGCCCAAACUCAGCUGAGCUGAGUCAGACCUCUGGGUUGGAUGCAGAGCUUGGUAAUCAGGCACCGUCUGAACUCCAUGUGCACAGUGAGGUGGCAGGACUGAACUCUGAGGCUAAUGAUGAACCUGAAGCUUCCGGGGAGGCUCCUCGACACGCAGCAGAUCCAGGAACUGAGAAACAAGAGCAGGAGGAGGUUCCAGCCAGGCAGAGGCAGACAGAGAAUGAAGUCUCUGAGGUGGAGAUCCCCAACGUGGGCAGGAUCACGGUGAGGGCUGAUGCUGAUGGAUACAAUGAAGAGAUGAUGCUGACCCCUGCUAUGCAAGGUGUCAUCCUGGCCAUAGCCAAGGCCAGACAAACAUUUGACAAAGAAGGCUCCGAGGCCGGCCUCAUCAAGGCCUUCCAUGAGGAGUAUUCCCGCCUGUAUGAGCUCUCCCAGGAGGAGAUCACGCCCCAGGAGGACGCUCGUCUGCAGCACGCUCUGGUUUACUUCUUUCAGAACAAGGCGCCCAAUCGCGUCAUUGAGAGGACUCUGCUGGAGCAGUUUACAGACCGCAACCUUAGCUUUGAUGAAAGGGCCAUCAGCAUAAUGAGGGAAGCCCGAGCCAAGCUUCGCCUCAUUAAGCCAGAAGAUAUGGACAUGGAGGAAUACAUGCAGUGGCAUGAUGACUACAGGGACUUCAGGACUGUGUUUGUUUAUUUGCUGACGGGGCUGGAGCAGUAUCAGCAUGGAAAGUUGCGAGAGGCUUUGAACUACUUGGCUCAUGCAUAUGAGACCAAUGUCACCCUGCUGAGAAAGGGAGAGAGGCAUGGUGUUAACAAGGCUCUUAUUGCUGUUUACAGAAGAAAGUGCCUCACUGCUCUGAAUGACAGCGCAUCCCGCCUGUUCUGCAGCGGUGAGGAGAGCAAAGUGGAGGAGGGUCUCUCCAUCAUGGACGAGGCUGUCAUUCCCUGCCUUCACCUGAUGAGCCGGGACGCGGCUUUAUCUCAGGAGGACCGGGAUGCUAUGGAGAACAUCCGCAGCCACUGGUGCUGCUGCCUGGGCCAGGACAUGGAUGAUUCACUGCAGGUAAAGUUGGGGGAGUUGCUGCCCCGGGUUCUGGACGGUUCCACCGGCACAGUCGUGCUGAAAGAUCCACCAAAAGUCCACGUCAACCAAGCCCAUGACCUGUGCAGCCGCCUGGCUGCUGUUAUGGAAUCUAUUCACAACACCACAGUAGUAACUGUCAAGUAAAAACCUGAUGGAAACCCACAAGAACCUCUGGGAACUGAACAUCUUCAUCAUCAGCAGCAGCAGCAGCAUGGCAGGCAGAGCGGUCUGCACUGAUAGGACAGUUGGCUUGAGACCAGCAUGUAGAAUCAAAUAUCUGCAUGCUUGGCAUUGCACAUGAGUAGAAAAUCUGAUGUGAAUAUAUGGCAAUCACUUGUGGUUAGAUAGGAGAUCACACACAAAUACUCAUCCAGAAUAGAAAAGAUCUGAAUCCGAAGUCGCUGAAGGUAAAUGAUUCAGUUCUUCUAGUUUGUAUUCUCCCUGCUCACCUGACAAAGCAACCCACAUAAAUCACACAAAUAUUAACAGUCCUUAAGAGUCAUCAAACCUUUUGCAGGAAAAACAAAAGAUGCCCAAAAUGCAGCCUAUUUUCUCCUAAACUGCCAACGUAUGCAGCUGUUUAGUGACCAAUUUCACAUAGCAUCUACAUGUUUUACACUUAAUUCUAUUGUAAAUACACAAAACUGUACCCUGGUGUAAACAAGUACAAACAUGGUAAAAAGAAACUAGAAUCUCUUUAAAUCCUAUGGCUUUACUUUUUAGGACACAAUAAAGGUGAUUGGGUCUUUAUAAAGUUCUAAAGUGAUUUAAAUCUAACCCCAGCUGUACAAAAAACACAAAACAGAUUCCAGAUUCAAUAUUUAUUAAAACACAUGGAAACAAAAUGGAAAGGUUGUGUGUGAAAACCUCUUUUGCCUCCUGGAUUUAGGAGACAGUAUACUUGAGUAAAUGAUCAGCUCUAUAAAAGCAGCGGUUUUCAGGUCUGAAGCAUGCAGGUGUGUGUCCACACAAUGCCAAGAAGGAAAGACAUCAGCAAUGAUCUUAAAGAAGCAACACUUGCCCUUCAUAAUUCUUGGAAGGGAUGUAAGGUCUUCAUUAUAAUGUGAAAACCAAGAACCAAAACACAUAAUUUUCCCAGGAGUGGAUGUUGCAGACCAGAAAAUACUCAUCAAAACUAUAAAACACAUGAGCUCCAUCUUUGACCCAACGGACCUCGGUUGUGAGCAGGUUAAAAGUAAAAGAUCAUGAUAUUAAGAUUAGAAAAAGACUGAAGAACUGGCUUGUUUGGAAGGGUUACCAGAAGAAGUCCUCUUGUGUCCAAAUAGUAAUUGGCAGGGUGACCUUGGUCUGCAACGUUAUACCUAAGUGAACCACAAGAUUUCUGGAACAGGUGAGACCAAAGUAGAGAUGUUUGGCCCCAAUACAUAGCACCAUGUUUGGAGAAAACCAAGCACAGCAGAUCAGCACAAACACCUUAUACAGACUGCCAAGCACAGUGGCGAAGAGAUGAUGAUUUGGGCUUGUUUUAUAGCCACAGAUUCUGGGCACCUUGCAUUUAUUGAGUGAAAAAUUAAACUCCUCUUUACUAAAGUAUUAAACAACCAAUUAUGAAGCCAUCCGUCCAAACACUGGAGGUUUAUGGAGAUUUCUUUAAGGCCAGUCCUGUUCUCUAUUUGCCCUGGAUAAAUUUGGGAAAGUUUGAUUUUAUUCUGUCAUUGUUUUUUAAACAAUGACAGAAUAAAAUCUGUUGUGUAGCUUUUGUGAACUCGAAGUUAGAUUUAAAUAAUUGUAGAACCAGGUCAAAGCCAGAUGAUGUUCAGAACGAAAUAACUUAAAGAUGGUAAACUCUCUUUCUAGCGUAUAAUCUGUAAGAUAUGUAAAGCUUCAAUCGUCCCUUUUGUCUGUAGUGCCAAUGCCCCAAACAACCUAAAAGCAACUAGAAGACAGUACCUAACCCAGCGCCCAGCUGGUGCAGUGUAUGGUCAUCUCCUGCCUUUACCACUAGAAAGCCCUCCUAACUGCUCUCCCAGCCUGUGCAGUGAAACCUUCUGCUGAUGGUCCAGAACAGAGCGGAGUGUCUGGUCUUCAGUCAGCCUAAAAGAGCAAACGUCACCCCUAUGUUCACUGAGCUCCACUGGCUACCCUUAGCUGCCCGCAUCAAAUUCAAGUCCCUGAUAUUAGCCUACUAAGUGCUUCGUGGAAUGGCUCCCAUCUACAUGAAUGUUCUCGUAAAGGCUUACGUCACGAUUUGGUCAUCAAGGGAUUGUCGGUAAGCAGGGCCUACAAGACAAUCCAGACUCUUUUCAUGGGUUGUUCCACGAUGGUAGAAUGACCUACCAAGGCUACCAGAACAGAGAUGUCCCUGUAUCUUUAAGAGAGCAUCUCCUACUUUGUACUUUCUUACCCCAUCUACUGCAUUAUCUCUUUCUGCACUUCCCUCAAUGCCUGCACUCUAUUUCUGCACUCUCACCCUUGUCUCCUCUGACUAGUGGUCUUCCUUCUAAGUAACUUAUUAGUAGCUUUGAUUUGAACUGUAUUGUUAUAUCUUCAUCUGUAAGUUGCUUUGAAUAAAAACGUCUACUAAUGCAUAACUCUUACUGACACCCUAAAAUGUUCAUAAAUCACAGACAAGUUUUAACUUGCUGAUUGUACAGUUUACUGUAUACAUUAACAUCUAGACUGAAGCUCAGUUCUGUUGGAAACAGCUUAAAUUAGUUCAAUGUGUUGCUAGGCCAGCUGGCUGCACAGUGAUGCUGGCUUUGCUCUGCACAGGGGAUACAUGCAGCUUGUUGGUUUUUUUAAAUUUAUAUCAUCUCUUUGUAUUUUUCCAGAACAGAAAUUAGGACUAACAAACAGUUAUUGACGACAGUAGAAUGAAUUAUUAAAUCUUAAAGGUUGCGAGUGUCAAAGCAGCACAAACCACUUGAACCCUUUAACAGGGAUGACUUCAUGUUGUCUCUGUGCCUUGAAUUCAGCUCAGCAUUAUUACUGAAAUCUCUGAAUCAGGAUUUUAGAGGAGAGCUGUGGAGCUACUCAUCACACAGAUCUCACAGAUGUUUCACUUUUGGAUGAUUCUCAAUAAAUGUUUGAAAUAA